UGUCAUCCCGUUGGGUGGUAAGCGGUAACAAACGCUUCCAACUUCCAAGUUUCCGAGUUUCCAACACCCUGGCGUCGAUCAUCCCCCCAUCGCUCUCUCCUCCCAAAAAUACACAGACGUGGCGGUCUCUCUCGUUCACCGGUUUUAAUUAAGCUGCGAGUUCUUUGGUUAGACAAUGGAGGUGGAUUUAGUUACAAGUGGCAUACAAGAGGAAGAAGCUUUUGGAGUUGAUGAGAAUUAUCACAAUGACAAUCCUAAUUUCGAGGGUGAAACAUGUGGGAUAUGCAUGAAUGCUAUUAUCGACAGGGGUGUUCUUGAUUGCUGCCAGCACUGGUUCUGUUUCGCAUGCAUUGACAAUUGGGCUACCAUUACAAACCUCUGCCCGCUUUGCCAGAAUGAAUUCCAAAUGAUCACAUGUCUUCCAGUAUAUGAUACGAUUGGGAGCAGCAAAGUGGACGAGGACUCAACUUAUAGUGAUGAUGACUGGAGUAUUGAAGGGAAGAAUAACACACUCUCAUUUCCAUCAUACUACAUUGAUGAAAAUGCAAUUUCCUGCUUGGAUGGAGAUGGCUGCAAAAUUCGAAGUGGAUCAGUGGCUAUUGAGGGAGAUUCCAAUCUCGAUACAUCAAUUGCUUGUGAUUCAUGUGACUUAUGGUACCAUGCUUUCUGUGUGGGAUUUGAUCCGGAGGGCACAUCUGAGAGUACAUGGUUAUGCCCCAGAUGUGUAGCUGAUGAAAUGACAAAAAAAUCAGAUGCAGAUUCAGUACAGAGGUCUAACAGACAGUAUGGUCCAGAAAAUGCUAAUGGUAAACCUGUAGCUGAGGAUAAUCUUUCUAGAAAGGUAUCUGUAUCUGUUGCUGAUAGUGGUGAGACGGCUGUUGUGGUCUCAAUGGUUGGCGAAAAUCAUUGGUUUGGAGGACCAAGUGAGAGCGUUUUGCCAACUGGUGAAGUUGGAAAGGACCUGGAAACUAAAGAAUUGGUAUCGUCUUCUGAUGAUAGCCACAAAUUGAGAAAACUUUCCCCGGAAAGAACUAUUAACCAACCAGUUAUUGUAGCUCAGCAACUAAAACUGUCCAUUUCCAAUGAUACCUCCAGUUUACCUUCAAAUUCUUUAGCACAAAAGCCUAGUAGUUUUGAUGGCAUCAUGAAUCCUUCCGGAAAGUCCUUUAAUGAAUCACAGAGUGAUAACAAACAGUCUGACAGUGACUCCAAUAUGGGUCUUCAUCUUGGGUUAUCUGUGGGCACAUUUUUGUCUGCUGACACUCUCGUACCAAAAGAAGUGAUUGAGGAUGUGAAACAGCAUGAUCCCUGGGAAGGAUAUUCACCAAUAGCUGACGAGAUUGUACCAGAUACUAAUUUGGAUUCCCCUGGAUCGACUGCUGGUGGAAAGAGAAAGCGAAUUGAUUGCAGUGAUGACGUCCAUAUUGAUUAUGGUGGAGAUACUGACCCUGAGAUUGAGACCAAAGUUUCUGUUAAGAAACUCAGAAAGGAUGAGAAAACACAACCCACAGCUUCCAAUGACCAAGCCAAAGAAUCUGUUCCAGAUGACUCUCAAAACUGUUCUAUACUGACUGUAGCUCCUAAAGAUAGUACGUUAUCAUCUCCUCCUGUUGAGGGGAACACCACUUCCGAUAUAAUGAGCAUUGUUCGAACUACGAAGCGUAAAUCUUCUAAGGGCCUUGCAAGCUCUAAUCCUGCAGAUAAAUUAUCACAAGAACAAGAAACUGUGCCUGGUUUGAGAGUCAAAAAGAUCAUGAGGAGAGCCGCUGAGGACAAGGACUCGUCUGUGACAGUUCAGACACUGAGAAAAGAAAUAAGAGAAGCUGUUGGUAAAAUUUCUUCAAAAGGUAUUGGCGAAAACCUUUUCAAUCCAAAGCUUCUUCAUGCCUUCAGGACCGCUGUAGCAGGACCUCAAACUGAACCUGUUAAGAAGGUACCAGAUUUGGCACCGAAGGCAAGGAAGGCAAUGUUGCAGAAGGGAAAAGUACGUGAGAAUCUAACAAAGAAGAUUUAUGGGACAUCAAAUGGAAGAAGAAAACAUGCAUGGGACCGGGACUGGCAAAUUGAAUUUUGGAAGCACCGCUGCAUAGGAACUACAGAGCCUGAAAAGAUUGAGACUUUGAAGUCAGUCCUUAACCUUCUGAAAGAGAGGUCAGAGCGUGCAGAUACAGAGCAGGAGUCCGAUAAGCAGUCCACAAAUCCAAUUCUUUCCAGGUUGUAUUUAGCAGAUAUAUCUGUACUCCCAAGAAAAGAUGAUAUUAAGCCUCUCUUAGCUCUUAAAACUGGUGGUAAUUCAGAGCAGAAUAGUAAACAGCUUACCUUGAAGGAAAAUUCUUCCAAGUCAUCUCUUAAUGUUUCUACAUCAAAUUCCACAGAAACGAAUAAGGUUUCAUCAAAAGGCAGGGCUCCUUCAUUGGAGAAAUAUGGGAAUAAGAAUAAUGUUCCGAGCUCAGAGAAUGGUGCUGCACCUAACAAAGUACAUCAAGACAAACGCUUGGAAGGGUCCUUGGUUUCUUCAUCUGGUGCUUCCAAAUCCAAAACCACGAGUGAAGUGGUUGAUAAAACUGGAGAUGUAAAAACUGACAAAAGAAAAUGGGCUCUAGAGAUUCUUGCCAGGAAAAGUGGUGCUGGCACGAACACGACAAAUGAAAAACAGGAAGAUAACACACUCAAAGCAAAUUACCCUUUGCUAGCUCAAUUGCCGAUAGACAUGAGACCAGUUUUGGCAUCCAGUCGUCAUAAUAAGAUCCCCUUAUCAGUGAGGCAGGCACAGCUGUAUCGUCUGACUGAGCACUUCUUGAAGAAAGCAAAUCUGCCGGUGAUCCGGAGAACUGCGGAUACGGAGUUAGCUGUUGCAGAUGCAAUUAAUAUAGAAAAGGGGGUUGCUGAUAGGUCAAGCAGCAAGCUAGUGUAUACAAAUCUAUGUUCCCAGGAGAUAUUGCGUCGUUCAGAAAAUAGGAAAUCUAGUGCGGGUGCAGCCCCAGUACAUGGUUCAUCCCCAUCUUCAGUCCCCACUGAUAGAGCAGAACAAGCUGCCAAUGAACUUUCAACCGAUCGUGUAAUUGAAGCAGCACUGAGAAAUGCUGGUCUUCUGUCCGAUUCUCCUCCAAAUAGUCCACAUCCUGAUUUGGAAGUUCCUGCUGAAGAAGAUGGCCCCGCAGCAGAUAUCAGAGAGGAAGGGCCUCAUAAUGUCUUUGAAAUGGAUUUUCAGCCUGAUCUGGACAUAUAUGGUGAUUUUGAGUAUAAUUUGGAAGAUGAAGACUACAUUGGUGCCGCUGCUGCAAAAGUAACUAAUCCACAACCAGACGAAGGGGCGCCGAAAUUGAAAUUGGUGUUCUCUACACUUCAGCCUGAAAGAUCUAAUCAUAAUCUAGAUCUUGAGAAGCCUGAGACAAUGGUUGAAGUACGAAAAGAUUCUUCCAGCAUGCUCGAGAAUCAUACUUGUUCAGGUUUGAAAAACUCCAUCACGGAGGGUGCCAAUGAUGAGACUAGCGUUCCCUUGGAAUCCUUAUUCGGCAAAGAAGGUGAAGAGCUCACUGUUGCAGAAUGUGAAGAAUUAUAUGGACCCGAUAAAGAACCACUGAUAAAAAGUUUUCCAGAAGCAUCAGAAAAGCUAUCUGGAUUGAUUGACGAAGCUUUGGUUAAAGAUAAAGAUUCUGAAGAGAAUGAAGAUUGUGUGCCAAAGCCAAAGCCAAAGCCAAACCAAGCAGUAAAAACAAAUGAAUUGGGUAAGAAGAACAAUGCGCAAAAUAUGCUUGUUGCCAGCGUUGGUUGCAACUCCUCUGCUGGAGAAGAUUCAGUGAACCAUCCACAACCAGGUGGAAAUGUUAAAACUAAGAAGAAAUCGAGUACGGAGUGCAACAAUCAGUCUAAUAGCAACAGUACUGUGUCUAAGAAGGUGGAAGCCUACAUUAAGGAGCACAUCAGACCACUAUGCAAGAGUGGCGUUAUUACGGCUGAACAGUAUAAGUGGGCUGUGGCGAAAACAACUGAUAAGGUUAUGAAAUACCAUUCUCAAUCCAAGAAUGCAAAUUUCCUGAUCAAGGAAGGUGAGAAGGUGAAGAAACUCGCCGAGCAGUACGUUGAGACAGCCCGACACAAGGAAGAAGCUGAUCCUCUGUAACGACAGUCAUUUUCAGCUCUCAAAUUAUUCACUUAUUCAGAACCUCCACUGAUCUGUAAAUAGUUUCGAGAGACCUUAUAUAAGCACCCCGAACCCAAACAUUGUAUAAGUUGAGGAAGGAACUUGUGUCCGGGCGCUUAUGAUAUAUUCAGGUGAGUUUUCCUGCGUGAGCUUUUCGACCAUAUACAAGAAUUUCAUCACUUA